UUGGAGUUGGUCCUUAUAGUUUUCCUGAAGGAAAGUUUAGGGGAUGGUUCUUCGGUUCCUAUGCCUCCUAAUUCUUCUGGUUUUUCCUCUUCAUCUGUUCUUAACGAGGAUCAUUCUUUUUUCUCCAGUGCCCCCUUGGUCCCCACUUGGUUGUUAGGCAUCCUUCCCAUGGCUGACAUCCUUGAGGUAGGGAGGCUUAGCAUUUCGAAGAAGACCUCUAGUGCUCUCCAUACUCAAUUGUACGAGAAGCGGAUAAGUGAGGGCAAAGCCGAACAUGAGGCUACCAAUGAGAAAAAUAGAAGAGUUGUCUUCUAUGGUGGAUUCACUCAAUUAGAAAAGGUUAAUACCGAGAAGGAAGUUGCUUAUUUGAGGCCAAAGCUAGAAAAGGCCAACAAGAAGUGUUUUGGAUUUGAAUCUAAGGUGAAGAGCAAUGACGACCACAUCAAGGUCAUGCAAAAGGAGGCUGUCGAGGGCUAUGCUGCAGGUUAUGAGGAUCUGAGGGAUUAG